AUGUCCCAGCCAAUUCUAAGCCUUUUCGGUGGUCGAAGAACCAAUGUGUUGGAUCCGUUUUCUCUAGAUAUAUGGGAUCCUUUGGACGGGUUCCUCCUCAACUCUGCCUUGGCUAACAAUGUGGCAUCAUCAGGCUUGGUUAAUGCAAGGGUUGACUGGAAAGAAACGCCCCAAGCUCACGUUUUCAAAGCUGACCUUCCAGGGCUGAAGAAAGAGGAAGUGAAAGUGGAGGUUGAAGAAGGGAGGAUUCUGCAGAAAAGUGGAGAAAGAAGCAGAGAGCAAGAAGAAAAGAAUGAGAAAUGGCAUCGCGUUGAGCGUAGUAGUGGCAAGUUCCUGAGGAGGUUCAGGUUGCCCGAGAAUGCCAAGAUGGAUGAGGUCAAGGCUAGCAUGGAAAAUGGGGUCUUAACUGUCACUGUCCCCAAGGAAGAGGAGAAGAAACCCGAGGUCAAGACCAUUGACAUUUCCGGGUAA